AUGGCAGCAACCCGAAAACCUCAACCGAGACCACGGCAGCAACCCAAAAAACCUCAACCGAAACACGGCAGCAACCCGAAAGACCUUAACCGAGACACGACACGGCAGCAACCCGAAAAACGACAACGAGACACGGCAGCAACCCGAAAAAACCUUAACCAAGACACGCAGCACCCGAAAAACAACCCGAACCACAACGACAACCGAGACACGGCAACAACCCGAAAAACCUCAACCGAGACACGGCAACAACCCGAAAAAACCUUAACCGAGACACGGCAACAACCCGAAAGACCUCAACCGAGACAUGGCAACAACCUGAAAAAAAUCAACCAAGACACGGCAACAACCAGAAAAUCCUCAACCGAGACACGGCAAACAACCCAAAAAACCUUAACCGAGACACAGCAACAACCCGAAAGACCUCAACCGAGACACGGCAACAACCCGAAAAACCUCGACCGAGACACGGCAACAACCCAAAAGACCUCAACCGAGACACGGCAACAACCCGAAAGACCUCAACCGAGACACGGCAAACAACCCGAAAGACCUCAACCGAGACACGGCAAACAACCCGAAAGACCUCAACGAGACACAGCAACAACCAAAAGACCUCAACCGAGACACGGCAAACCCAAAAAAACCUCAUCCGAGACACGGCAACAAACCCAAAAAACCUCAACCGAGAACGGAACAACCCAAAAAACCCAAAAAACCUCAGAGACACGGCAACAACCCGAAAGACCUCAACCGAGACACGGCAAACCCAAAAAAACCUCAACCGAGAACGGCAACAACCCAACCCAAAAAAACCUCAACCGAGACACGGCAACAACCCCGAAAAAACCCCAAUCGAGACACGGCAACAACCCGAAAAACCUCAACCAAGACACAGUAACAACCAGAAAAACCUCAACCGAGACAUGGCAACAACCCGAAAAACCUCAACUGAGAUACAGCAUCAACCCGAAAAACCUUAACCGAGACACGGAAAAACAACACCCGAAAAACAACAAAAACCUCAACCGAGACACGGCAAACAACCCGAAAAACCUCAACCAAGACACAGCAACAACCCAGGACAAACUCAAAAACCAAACCCUCAACCAGGACAGCAUAACUACGCUAAAACAAGCAAAAAUACUCAAUUUAGUAAGUUAA